AUGCAGGGUGGAAGAGCUGAUCGUGAACGAAAUGCCACCUCGCAGAAGAAGGCUGAAAGAGGUGGCAAUGCUUCUGGUGUGAGAGAGACCGGGCGGUUCACAGUGUUUGGACAGAAGCCACCUGAUGCUGCGCACAAAGAGGACAGAGAGCACGUUGAGCACGACCGUGGCGAAAGACCCGUUGAGGCAUCUCCGACCGAAACUGCCACUGUACCGGGCACGCCGGGCACCGCACCGCGUGUACGCAUCUCAGAGCCGCAGCCAGAAGUUGUGGACGUUGUGGAUCAGUUCUCGGAGCCGGACACAGCGGAGGACGCACUCGAGGAGGAUGACAAGGAGGUCGACCAUGGUCGGCGGAAAGCGCUCAGAGAAAGCCCAAUCCGAACAAAAUAUUCCCCGGAUACAAAGCGAGAUUUGCGACGGAAGCAAAGUGAGGGGCCGGAUUCGGCAGAAAACCUGCUGAAUAUUGCUCGUCAGUACGACCGUGCGCAGUCGGUAGUCGGGGCGUCCGACAUAAAAGCAACGACGUCAAAGUCAUCAAUCGCCAACGUAGGAAAAAUGUUCACCGCCUCUCUCCGAGAGGUAGUGACAAGCUCGAAGGACCACAACGUUGUUAGCGCCAAGCUUCUCCAAACACUUGCGGACACCAACGAGGAUGAGCUGCGAGGCACCCUCCCACCGGGAGCUAUGGCAGCACUGAGUCGACAUUGGUCAAUGGAGGGCAUCAAGAAGGUCUGCGGGGUGGAUGAGGCUGCCGGGCAAAGCGAUUUCCAUGCCAUGCGUGAUAAGGGGAUGUUCUUCUGUGGCUAUCAAGAUGCGGCGAUGAAGAAGCAAGGCCUCCCGUCCCUCUUUGCCACGGAGGCUGCCUUGGAGGAUAUCUCCAGUUCGGACAGCGAGGACGAAGACCAGGUGGCCCUGGAAGCGCGGGGUCAGAAGGCCAUUCUAAGACCCGAAGAUGAUCGGCUCAUCAUGCUGCAUCGUGUCAGAGGCGAGGCCGUCAUGCGGAGAGUUCCUCAGGACCAUGAAGCGGUCCUGGAUUUCGGAGAAUCCCGAAUAAGCGUACCCAGGAAGAUCAAAGAGAAAGGUGGUCAGCUCCAGAAGGUAGCCGUGGAUCUGAAUGAUGAUGGUACCGGCAACAUUGUCAUAACGACCCAAACUCCCAGGCGCUCCUGCAAUUCAAGCGCGCCCAACGCCUUGGCAGAUGUCUUGGACUUGAACAACCUGGAGAAGCAGUCCAGAAAACAGCCGAAUGACGACACCCACCAGGUUUCACGUCAACUGACCCGCCCACCUCCGAGUUUCAAGGAGUGGGAGGCCUGGCGAGAAAUCCAGCGACAGAAGCGUAUGGAGUCAACAGAUGACGCCAUCAGAAAGAUGCGCGAUGGUCCGCAAGAGACGAAAACCACAGCCGCAUCAGCCGCAUCUGCGCGAGCAACCAAGGAGGAGAGCGCAAGGACACCCAAAGACAACUCACAGCAAGUGAUUGCUCGCAAAGCCCAGCGAAACGAGAAGGAGACUGUCAUUGUUGCAGGGGCAGCCAUUGAGCCACGGGAUGCAGCAGCUCCGCCGGAUGAAAACGAGCUCAGCCAAGCCUUGCGUCAAAUGUCGGUUGACCCUCGAUUGAUCUUAAAGGCAGCUGGACGAGAGCAGUCGAAGUCUAUAGCGUCUUCAGAGGAGAAUGGAUUGCCUGCAGUUCUAAGCAAGCGCUGGACAUUGAAGUCAGCUGGUGGAGAGCGGCUACGGAUCGACUUCUCUGCAGCCAUGACUGUUCGAAAUGCAGGAAAGCCAGUCAACAUGUCUGGUUCUUUCACAGAUGAAGGUAGCGCAGGGAGUCGAGACAUAUGGAGCGACUUUUUCAUUCCGAUGCCUGAGAAAAGCACGCUUCAGCGCCUGAAGCAGAAGAUGUUUCACUGCUGCGGACAAGACGUCCGGAGAAGUGCGCCAGAGUAUGUCAAAGAAGCCCUUGCACAAGGAUACAAUGUUGCCGCACAAGUAGCGUUGUAUUCGCAAGCCUUGCCACUCUGGCGUUCCCCUGCAGAGUGA